AUGGGCAAGAAACCAAAUCUCACCGGCUUAUCUCGUUUUCUGCCACAAGACUUUCUUAAUCCAAACGCUACUAGCCUCUCAGAAAAAUCACAAAAUGAGAGCAGACCUGCAAAGAAACACAGAACGGAUACCCAUGGUCCUGUUCGCACAAGAUACGAUGCCACCGCCCUUGUUCCUCACUACACCACCGCUCACGAGGUUCCAGAAAACCUUCAGAAAUGUCCGUCCUGUCUCUCAGAUUUUUCGCAACGAAAACGUUACUUUUCUUUAUACGACCAAGGAUGUCUAUUAGAUGAAGAAGGCUGGUAUAGCGUGACACCUGAAGACAUUGCCGUCCAAAUUGCAGAUCGCUGCAGAUGCGAUACAAUCCUCGAUCCUUUCUGUGGCGUCGGAGGAAAUGCGAUUGCUUUUGCAAAAACCUGCGAGCAUGUCAUUGCUCUGGACAUCUCCCCAACACGACUCGCUUUGGCUCGUCAUAAUGCUGCUAUCUACGGUGUUGCAGACCGUAUUGAGUUUAUCCUUGCAGACUAUAUCUCAUUUGCGAACGCAUAUCUUUCACUAUCCCACCCAACGCGCAGAAUUGACGUCGUCUUCUUGAGUCCCCCUUGGGGUGGCCCAGGAUAUAUAUCUCCCUCCGAAAACCAUGUCUCUCCCUACAACAACACAGACUUCCAGGAUGACCUAGAGACGCACUCACAGUAUAGCCUCUCGAGGAUACAACCGGUACACGGAGCUGAUCUAUUUCGCCUGACGAAGCGGAUCUCAGAUAAUAUCGCUUACUUCCUUCCCAGAAACACGGACUUGAAUGAAAUAUCCGCCUUGGGACUGCUCGAAAAAGACGAGAGUGUCACUCCUGAUGACAAGUCUCGAAUGAUUGAAGUGGAGGAAGAGUGGAUGGGGUCGAAGUUGAAAGCUUUGACUUGUUAUUUUGGUGGUCUGGUUGGUGGUCAAGAACACGUAUUCUGACUUCACACUGCCAGAACUGGUGUAACGCAAACACAUUUUUCGGACUACUCUUGGCUGCGAAUUCUUGUCAAUGUACCAGGGUUGGUCGUACGAAGUGAAGUGUAUUACAGUUUGAGGUUUUAAUUUAAAUCUUGUAGCCCACGAGCUGCAGUAAUUUGUGUGGCUCCUCAUUUUUGGGCACCCACAGGCACCUAUUUGUACCCACAACCCUCUCUUAUGCUCACAAGAUCUUUGACAGAUCGAUAAUCGAAUUCUGUUAGACGUCGAGCCG